GCUACAGUCUCUCAGGGAUCCAGGGAACUCUCUGGAUGCUUCUGAAAGCUCAGAUAAACAGAGGUGAGAAAACAUUACUGUGAUUGCCAGGAAUUGCUCUCCCCUCUUAGAAGGGUAGUAUAUCUCACCCAGCCCAUGAGCGCUCUGCAAUGUGAAUGAUUUGCUGACAUGGUGAGCCAUCACUCUACCUGGAACACAUCCUGAAGAUUCCAGUGUAGCAUGAUGACUGGGAAGAAUGUAAAGAGAGAGGGAAAUUUUUCAACUCCCCAGGGGAAUAAAAAAGUACAGAAUGCAGAAUGCACCUUGUGCAGUCAAUAUGAGGAAAAGGUUCGUCCCAGUAUCGAUCUCAUUGACUCCUUGAGAGCGCUUGGAAUAGAAAAGGACCUGGGUUUGCCAGCAAUUGCAGUGAUUGGAGACCAGAGUUCUGGAAAAAGCUCCGUUCUAGAAGCCCUGUCCGGAGUUGCUCUUUCUAGAGGCAGUGGUAUUGUUACCAGAUGUCCUCUAGAGCUCAAACUGAAGAAAGUGCAUAACACACAGGAAUGGAAAGGAAAAAUUACUUACUUGGAGAUAAUGCAGGAGUUGAAUGGUCCCUCAGAAGUGGAACAAGAAAUAAGGAAAGCCCAGGAUGCAAUGGCUGGUGAAGGAGUGGGCAUUAGUCACGAACUAAUUUCCCUAGAAAUUAGCUCCCCGAAUGUUCCAGAUCUGACACUGAUUGAUCUGCCAGGGAUUGCUAGAGUGGCUGUUGGGAGUCAGCCUCAAGACAUUGGCAAGCAGAUCAUAACUCUUAUUAAAAAGUAUAUUCAUAAGCAACAAACUAUAAAUCUGGUAGUAGUGCCAAGUAAUGUGGAUAUUGCAACAACAGAAGCCCUAAAAAUGGCUAAAGAGGUGGACCCUAACGGGGAGAGAACCCUUGGGAUUCUCACAAAACCUGAUUUGGUCGACAAAGGAACGGAGAGAGAUGUCACUGACAUAGUCCGAAAUCUCAGUGUCCCCCUAAGAAAGGGCUACAUGAUUGUUAAAUGUCGUGGGCAGCAGGACAUCCAUGACAACUUGUCGCUGGCCUCUGCAAUCCAGAAAGAGAGACAAUUCUUUGAGGAACAUGAAUAUUUUCGUGUUCUUUUUGAAGAAGGAAAAGCCACCAUCCCCUUUUUGGCAGAGAGACUAACACAGGAACUGAUAGAGCACAUUAAUAAAUCACUACCAACUUUAGAAAACCAGAUAAAGGAAAAACUUCAGUUGGCAAACAACAGGCUACAAAAAUGUGGCAAAGGUGUGCCAGAAUCAGUGGAAGAUCAGAUGCCCUUCCUAGUAGAUAAACUCAAACUCUUUAAUCAGAACAUCAUAAAUUCAGUGCAUGGUGAAGAAAUUGUAAUUGAUAAAACAAAAAAAAGACUAUUCACACAAGUUCGAAAAUGCUUUAAUGAGUGGGAAAAUUAUGUUCAUGACAGUGAACUGAAAGUAAAUGACAUUAUGAAAGAAGAAGUGUGGGGCUUUGAAAAUCAGUAUCGUGGAAGAGAGCUCCCAGGAUUUGUCAAUUACAAAACUUUUGAGGCCAUUGUGAAACAACAAAUUGUGCUGCUGAAAUCACCUGCUAUUAUGACCCUGAAGACAGUUACAGAGCUUGUACAAGAAACUUUUACUGAUAUUGCCAGGCAACACUUUGAGAACUUUUUCUACCUUUUCAGAGCAGCAAAGAAUAGAAUUGAAGACAUAAAACAAAAACAAGAAGAGGAAGCUGAAAUUGUAAUCGCUAAUCAGUUCAAAAUGGAACACAUCGUUUACUGUCAGGACAGACUUUACAGCGAGGAUUUACAGGAAGUUAGAAAAACUGCUGGAGUCCUCUCUUUCGGUGCUGCUGUUGCUCAUGUUAAAUCUGUUGCCUCUCAAAAACAGUAUUCCAUUGAUGAAAUGACUUAUCACUUGAAUGCAUAUUUCAAGGGUGCAGGCAAUCGUCUUUCCACUCAAAUCCCUUUGAUUAUUCAGUCCCAUGUUCUCCAGGACUAUGCUGAAAAGUUACAGAAUGCAAUGCUGCAACUUUUGCAAGAUAAAGAUCAGUUCAGCAUUCUUCUUUCUGAGAAGAAAGAUGCUUCCAAUGAAAGGAAAAUUUUGAAGGAAAGAAUUAAACGACUGACACAAGCUCGACAACGCUUAGCAAAGUUUCCAGGUUAAAGCAAAUGCACGAAGCAUCAGCACUUACGUUUAACUCAAUGGUCUCCAACCUUUUUACAUCCAAGAUCACUUUUUAAAUGUCAGCCAUGCGCUUCCUGAGCAGUUGGAGUUGGCACAGUCCCAGGAUUCCUACCCCCCUACACAGGAAGGCAGCAGGGGGAAGAAAGUUGCAUGCAACACAUCCAGCAUUUCAGGAAACACGCUGGCUGUUUGGGGAAGGGGAAGAGCAACCCGCAUGCUUCCCGAGGCCUCGGACCUGAUUUCCCUCCUCCCCCCCAUGCCGCAGGAAGCAGGCGCUACCUCCACUGUCGCUGGAGGUAGCCUCAGCGAGGUCUGCUUCUUGGGGGUGAGGGGAAAUUGGGAGGGCCCCGAAUACCUCGUGAUCGACGAGUCAAUCACAAUCAGCAGGUUGGUGACCAUGAGUUUAACUCUUAUGUGUGUGCGUUAGUUAACCUAGGCCUAAAGAUUCAGUAGUAACAGUUGGGCACUGAGGACGUUUGAAAAUCAGGCCACUUAUUACAUGACAGAAUAUGGAUUUUGAUGCCUUCCUGUUUUUGAAAAUCCUGACCCUGGUGACCUCUAACUGGGAAUAGCCUGGAUAGGGAAGAGGAGUUGGCCUUCAAAUUUCAGUGUGUGGAGGAUUCUUCUCUCCUCAGGGGGGAAACAUAGUUUCUUUAUAAUACUGGCCACACUGGAAUCCUGACCAAGUUCAUACAACUGGGGGAAGGAAGUAAAGUCUGAAUUUCCUGCCAGAACGUCUCUGUACCAGACCCAUCUUACACUCCCAUCUCACAAUAUCUGAGACAUCCCUUCAGGGCAUCUUGCAGCUGCAUUGCUGCCCAGCUCCCAUGAUCCCCUGAUAGCAUGUCUCCUUUUAUGUCAGCCACCUCUAUUCUAGAAAUGCCCCCCGCCCUCCUUACCAGCCCCUCUAGCAGCCAUCUUCAAAUACAUAGAACUGGGACCGCAUACAGAGGAGCCGACCGCCUCAUUGAGCCCCUGGACAAGGCGGGAGAUGGGGGCAGGGCCUCAGGCAGAAGUGGGGGGCCAGGGGCAGUCAACCUUCAUUGUUGCCUGGACUGUGGCACAUCCUCCCCUCCCCCCAGCCUUUAGCGCUGCCUGGAGUGCCCUCCGGUGGCAAUUUAAAAGGCCCAGGGUUCUGGGCUUUACCACUGCCACAACAGCAAUGGCUGGGAACCUCAGCCCUCUUGAAUUGCCAGGCCUUGGGGCAGUUGCCCUCUUUGCCUCACCACCCACCCCACCCCCAUCAGCAGGCCUGACCACAUGGACACCUCCUCCCCCCUCCACCCAUUGUGGGCCUUCAUACAAAACUCUGCCUCAGCAGGAGGAGGAGUUUCCUCAUCAUGCAGGGAGGCAGGCCCGUCCACCUUUCUGAAAGGAAGGGGGCUAUCAAUAGGGGACUUUAGAUUUGUGCUUAGUGCUUUUGCCUCUUUGUGAUGCUCACAGCAAAUGUUUUUGCUACAGUUUUUAGCAUAUGCUGCUUUAAACUUUGAUAAUCUUGUGGUACCUUAUUUAAAGCAUAAUUUCUAUAUAUAUUACAUAGUGUCCUCUGUCAUUUAAGCUGUGAGUUAUUGUUUCUAUGGUGUGUGCAUUUUUUUCUCUGGGGACUCAGUGGACAGUCCCAUCAAGUGAAAAAUUAUUCCGAGUUCCUAAAUAAAUAGUUGAAAGCAACAGCGUAUAUGUUUUGUCUCACGUAGUAUCUCACAGCUGCACCCACUCUUCAAUUUAUCCUACAAACAUCUGACAUAUUUUGGAAGCUGG